AUGGGUUCCAACCAAUGGUACAACAACGGCUAUUACGGUACCUCGUCGCCUCAAGAUCAGGUUUCGUCGCCGUCUGAGCACUUUCACGACUACUAUCAGUCCCACCCUCUGGCCAGAGAUGGCAGCUCUGGAGGCAGCUCUCAGGCUUCUUCCAUUCCCGAGUCACCUUCACAUAACAGCUACUAUGCUCUGCACGACUCAUCCCCGGUGCAGUACUCUACCUAUCAGCAGCAGUACCUCGCCGACGAAACCAGGACCGAUGGCUCUUCUGUUCCACGGAGCGAAGCUAACAACGACUGGCCAGUUUCCUGUCUUCAUCCCGGAUGUACUGCUCGCCCCUUCAAGCGCACUGCUGAUCUUCAGCGUCACUACAAGAACACUCAUGCUCCUGAAUCGAGUAAGGAUGCCUACCUGUGCGAUUACCCCAGAUGCCCCCGUUAUCGUGAGCCUUUCCAUCGUCGCGACCACAUGAGAGACCAUCUUCGGGAGUACCACCGCGAAGACAUCCAGAAGCGUGGAGCCACUGUAAACGAGGAAUGGCUAGAGGGUCGCUAUACACCUUCGGCCUGGUGGCGUUGUCCCCGUUGCCUUGUUCGAGUCUACGUCUCGAAAAACGGUUACGAAUGCCCUGGAUGCAAGACCUCGUGUGAAUCGAAGCGUAAGGAGAAACGCCGCGGCCGAUCUUGA